AUGGCAGUGCUCGCGCCGGACGCCGCGACGUUCCUUCUCGUGCUCGCCAUCGUGCCCGCGCUGCUGUGCGCUGCCCUGAGCCUGCUGGUCAACAAGGUUGACUGCGCCGAGGCCUCCGAGGAGCCGGCCGCCGCCGCCGACAAGGCUGCGAUGACGUCGGAGCGACGCUUCCAGCUCACCUACUGCUUGGUAGCUGCCAUAGCCGUGUACCAGCUGGCCGGGGCCCUCGUCAUGAGUCAUGGCGGCGUCGCGCCCCGCGGGCGCGUCGCGCUCGCCGCGGGCUGCCUGCUGCUGCUGGGCUUGGUGGCGGCGAUUCCCUUGAACACCGGCGGUUGGGUGGCGGCCUCGACCCGGGAAUCUCUGGUGGACGGCCAGCAGCAGCAGCAGAAGCAGCAGCAGCAAGCACAGCAGCAGCGGGCGCGGUCGCCGGCGCUGCCCACCACAGGGCUGGGGGGCAAGCAAUUGGCUCUGGACGGGCCCCAGCAGCUGUCGCAGCAACACGUGCUGCAGCAGCAAGUGCAGCAGCACAAGCACCUUGAGCAACAGCAGCAACAGCAGCAACAACAGCAGCAACAGCAGCAUGUCAGCAGCCCCCGGCCAAGGUCCGCGGCGAGCGACGCACCGCCCGGACGCCGGCCCUCCGGCGCCGCUGGGCCCCGCUGCGGCUCCGCGCGGCCUGUGGGCGGCGCCAAGCACCGCAGCGCGAGCAGCGUCGGGGGUGUGCCUGAGGGCACGGGCGGGCUGGAGUUGGUGCUGGUAGAUUCGAAACAGGGGGUGGCGGCGCUGGCAGCGGCGGCGCCGGCCGCAGAGGGCGACGCCGACGCGGGCGCCGACGAGGCGUCGGCGCUCCUGCCAAAAGCGGGCGGCAGGGCCGCGGGCCGCCGCGGCGACAUCGGCGACGUGGGCAGCGACGAGGAGGGCGGCGGCGCCGGGGGCCUGCCGAACUUGACUUCGGCUCAGAUGAUGUCGUCCGUCGGCUUCUGGUGCCUGUUUGCGCAGUUUGGCGUCGGCACGGGGUCCUGUCUCGCGAUGCUCAACAAUCUGGGCCAGGUCGUCGUGGCGCUCGGCGGCCGGCGCGGCGGGCAGGUGGUGAUUGUGUCGCUUUUCUCCGUGGCCAACGCGGCAGUGACCACCCUAGCCGCCGCUUACUCGUCGCUGACUCAGCUGUACGUCAUUGCGGCGCUCCUAGGCCUUCUGUUCGGCGCCCACUGGAGCCUGGUGCCAUCCAUCUGCUCAGACUCGUUCGGUGAGUGA